AUGGAAUUGGUUAUAGAAAAAAUUAAAAAAGGUUACUUGAAAGAGUUUAAUUACGGUGAAUUUCAAGUUUUAAAAAAAAUUUCAGAUGACUCAAGUGAAGUCAUACAUGCUUAUAUGACAACUGAAAAAAAGCACGUCGUCCUCAAAUUUUUAAAAGAAUAUAAUCAAGAUGAAUAUUACAAGAAAUUUGACAGAGAAAUAGCAAAUUUAAAAAAAAUUUCUCUCAAUGAUAAUGUGAUCGGUUUUUAUGGUGUAACUAAAGAGCCUCUCAAGAAAUUUUAUUCAAUGAUGCUUCAGUAUUGCUCUCAUAAAAGUCUUAGAGAGCACUUAGAGGAAAAAGAAGUGUGUAACUGGACUUGUAAAAUACUAAUGGCCACAGAGAUUGCUACAGGCUUGGAAUAUAUUCAUGCAGCAAAUGUUGUACAUUGCAAUCUGAACUCAAAAAACAUUUUAAUGCACCAUCACAACGGUAAAUUGAUGAUUAUAGAUUUUAGCUCAUCAAUGUCUCUUGAAAGCCAAACAGAACCUACUCUCAAAAUCACUGAGAAUAUUGCCUAUGUGGAUCCGAAAUUCUUUAAUCCUACGAAAGAUCCUAUUCACUUAACUCCUGUAGAUUACAAAGAACUUUAUUGUGAUUCAUGGAAUUCUGAUCAUGUAAAGAGACCAUUAAUUAACGAAAUCAUUAAUCGCGUCAAUGAUAUUGAAUUUGAAU